CCCCUUCGGCUCUGUUUUGGGCUUCGCACGAGCUUUGUUCAGACCUCUACUGCACCAGCAGCAGCCACCUAAAACUCCACCACUUCACGCAGUCGCCCGACCUGUCCCGCCCGCUUCCAUCUCCCUUCACAACCAUCCGCCACGUUCCAUUCGCUGACACCGCAACUACGACUAAGAAUUUCGCCGCGGAAAUCGAUCGACAUCAUGGCUGCUGCUGCUAUGAGGAAUCACCGUGCGGCUCGAAGGUUGCUGGGCCACCCUGCAGCGCAUCAAACGACACUGCGAUUGGCCUACUGCACCACCGUCCUCGAGACUUCUGGUAUUAGGAACGUAGCGCCCCACGUGACUUCAUCCAUUUUCUCCCCCGCGACGCGCAUCGGCUCCACGCCCGAGGCUUCCACGAUAGUGCGAACAGCCUUCUGGAGCGCGUCGCACGCUUCAGCCACAAUCCAACCUGCUUCGUCGGCGGCUCGAAAGGAGAGCAUGCUGAUUGGCCAGCAUUGGACGGCGGUACAGCAGCGUAUUGGCGGUGUAGCGGCUGCGAGUCCGAUGAUUGAACAGCUUACGAUGCAGAUUCGCCCGCAUAACACGGCGACAGCUCGAGUUAUGGAAGAGGAGCCAGAAGAGCAGACACAAAACAUCAAGCCCAAUCCGCAAAACGAGCCUCCUGUGGACAUUUACAAGAUUGCUCGUGACCCGGAAGCAUUAUCUCAGUAUUGGGGAAUCAAGCCCAAGCAGUAUUUGCGUGAGGACGGCACUCCCUGGCCCUGGCGGUCAUUCCGGCCAUUCGACAGCUACAGUGCGAACAGGAAAACGGAGCUGGAUAGGCACUACCCUAUUACCAACUUCGGCGACGCUUUCGCCAAGUACCUCGUCAAAUCGCUCCGCUUCCCCACCGAUCUCUUCUUCCAGAAACGCUACGGCUGCCGCGCAAUGAUGCUGGAAACGGUAGCCGCAGUACCGGGCAUGGUGGCGGGCAUGCUGCUGCACAUGCGCUGCCUGCGCCUGGUGGAGAACAGCGGCGGGUGGAUCCGCGCGCUGCUGGAGGAGGCGGAGAACGAGCGCAUGCACCUCAUGACCUUCAUGGAGGUCUCCAAGCCCACGUGGUUCGAAAGGGGACUCAUCUUCACCGUUCAGAGCGGCUUUGCUGCAGUGUACAGUCUCGUCUACGUGCUCUCCCCUCGCAUCGCACACCGUAUAGUGGGCUACUUGGAGGAGGAGGCGGUGCACUCGUACACGCAGUUCCUCAAGGAGCUCGACGAGGGGCGCAUGGCCAACGUGCCGGCGCCGCAGAUCGCCAUCGACUACUGGCAGCUGCCCAAGGACGCGACGCUGUACGACGUGGUGCUGUCUGUCAGGGCGGACGAGGCCCACCACCGCGACGUCAACCACUACGCUGCGACCAUUAUCAAGGCAGGCAAGCACCUCAAGGAACACCCAGCUCCCGUGGACUACCACUGAUGCUGCUGCGUAUGCCCCCUAAGUGCAUGCCGUCCAUGGCACCUGCUCCCCAUCCUCCAUGCUGCAAAAUUAUCAAAGACAUUUGUGGAGCUACUGUAGCAUGGAGCUGUCACUUCAGACGAGGCAAUGAUCCACCAAGGCCUCAUUAGCUGCAUAGCUGAAGGGGUAAAUAGCUGCAUGCAUCUUUAGUGAGGCUUGUGAGCCCCUUCCCCACCAGUGCAGUUUUGGUUGUGCCGCGUGGCUAGUUUUAACAGUAGGAUAUUUGUCUGUGUAUACGCUUUUGUUUAUUAAUACAUGUGUUUUUCUUGU